AUGGGAUAUCUCGACCUAUACAACGAGUUGCUGCGAUUGGGAGCAUCGCACCCUACAUCAAUCUCAAUCGCAUCCGCACUUGCGCUGGUCACCACGAUCAUAAUAUUAUGGCAGUCAUUCCAAGCACGGCGCCCUUUGCAAGACCGCAGAAUCUUCCUUCCAGACUCGAAAGCGAAGGCGCUACCAGUCCUCAUUGUAGGUGCCGGUCCAACAGGACUAACUCUUGCCAGCCUGCUCGCUCGCUACGGAGUACCUUUCCGAAUUAUCGAAAAGAAACCGGCUUUAUCAAAGUGGACCAAAGCAACGAAUCUUAUGCAGCGGAAUCAGGAAGUUAUGUUUGCUCUCGGACUGCAGCGACAGUUGGAGGCGGUCAGCGGCCAUAUGAGCCGGUUGAUGGUACUAGCCUACGGAACGUGUUUUGGUCCAAGGACUAUGUAUCUGAAAGAAACGCCCUUCCACAAAGUUUUGCUCUGUGGUCAGCAUAAUUACGAGCGUAUACUGGCAGAAGACCUUGAGAGCAGAGGAAUCGAGAUCGAAUUCACAACCAAGCUGUCUGGUCUGACACAAGGCAGUGACUCUGUUGUGGCGAAGCUGAUGUGCGGUAACGAAGAGGAGCAGGGUGCUUUCAGCUAUGUGGUCGGCUGUGAUGGGUACGCUGGCGUUACGAAAACGUGGACCAAGCUCGAUUUUCAAACGACAAAGACCGGGGUCGGUAUACGCCAGAUUGACUGCCAUCUCAAGUGGAAGCGUCUGGAGACUGCCGAGCAAAUGUGGCUUCUUUACUUCGACCGCGGCUUUGCAGCAAUCAUCCCACUGCCUGAGCAAACAUGGAGGAUCCUCUUCGUCCAACCAAAGGAGGACUUCCCGCAGCGUGACCCAACACUGAACGAAAUGCAGACGGAAUUGCGCCAAGUCUCUGGAGAUGACAGUGUCCAGCUCAGCCUUCCGCAGUGGUUCAGCUAUACUGAUCUAUCCAUGGGUAUUGGGCCUGGAAUGAUCGACGGCAGGAUCAUUCUUGCGGGCGAUGUCAGCAAUCCCAUUCUUCCGAAUGGUGGUCAAGGCAUGAACACAGGUAUUGGUGAUGCAUUCAACCUGGGAUGGAAGCUCGCAGCUGUCUAUAAGCACAGUGCGCCAACGGCCUUACUUGCUACUUAUGAUGAAGAACGGCAUGCUCUACGGAAGACACUGCAAGUUGCGCAGUACAACAGCCUGAAAUAUACCACUCUAUAUACACCGUAUCUAAUGCAAUUGGCAUUCAGAUGGUUUGCCGAGCCCCUGCUGAAUGCGGGAGGGGAAUUCGCAAUGGCAAAAGCUUUCAGUGAACUCACCAUCAACGUUCGUUCUAGCUCCCUCUCGAUAGAAAAACAACGGAGCUCGGGAGUGCGAGCCGGCGAUCGUGCGUUGGACGCGGCAGUCGUCGAUGGCACAGCUACCAUCAAUAUCUACGACAUCAUCUAUCGAGGUGGUUGGACCUUGCUUGCCUUCACCGGGAGAGCAUCUUACAACGGAAACCAGCAGGUCCUCUCUGCAUUACAGAUGCUCCCCGAAACGCCAUUGGCAGCUUUCAUCAUUUCCACACAAGCGGCGACGGUCUCGCAUUUCCAAGUCCUCUACGAUCUGGACGAGGUAGCUCACCGGGUGUACGGUGUUUUCCGGCCAACCAUCUAUCUCGUUCGACCGGACGGGCACGUCGCCGUCCGUAUCAGGCCGAGUCAGAUGAACGCGCUGCUGGAAUUCAUGCGCGUGUGGAUACCGGAUGCGUCGCAGGCCUUCGUGGUGCCAACAGCGCCUGCUAAGAAGAUCCCACAGAAAUAUCGCGAGAAUUGA